AUGCUCGUGGACGCGGAGCCAACAACGUUCAGUGGCGAAUCAACAAGCUACGACGACAACUACGAUCGAGUUGCAUUCGCGGUUUCGCUGCAGGCUGGACUUUCGACGGGCAAGAAUAUGCCAGGGAUGUGGGCAGUCGACAGCGUGCGACCGCAUCACAUCUGCAACGACAAGGCAAAGUUUGCAAGCCUGAAUGAGCGAAGGAAGGCGAGCAUGGUGGCUGAUGGCAGCAAGGCUGCGAUCAAGGGUGUGGAACCAUCAUGGAACGGGUGGUUCUGCCCAAUGGUGACGAACGCGACAUCGAGAUCAAGGACGCACUGUUUGUACCAAGUAUGA